AUGGGCUUUCGGACGUUUUCCGAAGAGCCCACUGCAGAGUCUGCUCCUUCUUCCGUGCCAUCCCUGCCUCUGCAGCCUGCAAACACUGUAGGCCCCGCUGAGGCAGGGGACACUGAAGAGGCUCCUGAUGGUGCCGGUGUAGGGGACGAUUUAGCGGAUUUUCUUUGGGAUGUGCAGGUCUCGACAAAAGGCAAGGCCAUCCGAAGGCGCCCCAUGACCGAGAUUCUGAUGGGAAAACUCUGCUAUUCCUUGAGCUCCACAGCGGCCGUGGCUGAGGUGGUGCAAACUGUGCUUCGAAUGAUGGAUGUGCUGGCUGAGAACACGAACCAAGAAGACGUGAAUCCCUCCAAGAGCCACGUGCGAACGAUUCUCGUGAAGCUGGAUUGUUUGCACAGCUUGAGCCGGAGGGUUUUCGCGAAGCCGAACCAGCCAGAUCGAAGAACGGUCAGGUUUUUGUCGGCAGACAGCAGUCCGCAAAAAAACUACGACUACUUCCUGGUCACAGAAGAACUGAUGACUAGAGACAGUGUCCAUCGUGUGCCAGUGGAUGCAAGCGGGCAAGUAGAUCCGUGGAGAGGGUUCGCCGUGGAACGGAGGACCAUGGUAGUGACCACCAUCGCUCGAGGUGAGAGCUCGGCAGCUCUGAAGACCAUGCGAGUUCUGCACAUCAUAUGCCUGGAGAACACAGCGGUUGCUCUCCCACAGUAUAGAGGCGAAGUGAGAGGUUUCUUGUCGGAUCAGGGGACGGAGCGGUUGAUCUGCAAAUACCCCUUAGAUACUGCAGCCAACGUCAGGGAGGCAGUGCGGGGAUUUGCCAGGGACACAGGAGCUGCCGCCGCCGCCGCACAUGAGAGGGUGCGAGCACUACCUUUUUUUCCGGAAGCCUUGGAAAUACCUGGUUCUUUGCACGUGGUGUUCAACACCCUGGAGGCUGUAGUGAAGAGUGUACCUGAGUUUGAGGUACUGCACAAGCAGCUGAACACGGUGUGCAGGUUGCUCACACCCCGCAGCUACCAAGAAGUAGUCGAGGUCAAGAUGCUCGAUGCGGGGGCCCCUGCGGGGGCGGGCACAGCAGCAGACAAGCAGGCAUUGCAUAGCUUCCGCGACAACCUCCUCGAAUGGCGAUGGGACAGUUUGCAUCGUGUCCUGAGCCAGUGGGCCCCUCUUCGGUUGGUGCUGCUGAGGCACUGGAGGCCAGAGGAAUUUGGCUCCGAUGUGCAGAUUGCAAAGCAGAUCACGGAGAUUCUUGAAGAUGGCAUGCAUGGUUGGAUGGUUGUGUGGGCUGGGAAGUUCGCGGAGGCGGCAACCCGGCUUGCACAUUGGAUCGAGGGUUGCUUCUGCCACGAGAAUAUAUUGGUUUCCCAGCCAGCCUCCAAACGGCGAAAGACAAUGAUGGAAGAAACUGGAUCUGGCACUUGUUGCUGGAAGGGGAAGAGGCUUCCAGAGCUGGCCUGCAGGAAGAUGACGGACCUCAUCCAGUACUUUACAAACCAGGCCCGCACAGAGUACAUCUCGGAGAUGCUCGCUGCACCGGCUGAUGUCCGAGCACGUGUUACGGCGAUAGAUGCACUCGCGACAGAGCAACUUCGCGUGGUCCUCGAGCAGAAGUUUGCAUAUGCACAGACCAUCCCUUGGGUGGCCGCCAUUUCGGAAGGCUUUCGUCAGUAUUCCCAGGCGACAACAGGUGGUGCUUUUGUGGAUGCAGUGUCCUUUCGAGCCUUUUCCGGUCAGACGUUGGAAAGCCGGCAGCUGAAAGCUUUUGCAGACUCGGAGUUGCCCCUGCACCAUUAUGCCGAGGCGUGGACCCUGGUGCAAGAGUAUUCUUUCUGCAGCCUCGCGGAGCGAGGCACAGAGAGACAGCACUCCGAGAUUCGCAAUGCUGCGAGGAGAGGCCAGCGAUAUGCCGGCCCUGCGGUUGUUGCGAGCCGGAAGCGAGAGAAGCAGGUCGUGGCCAUGAUUGGUGAUCCCCAGCAGCUGCAGCGAAUGACAGUUGUGCAGAGAUUGGCGAAGGUGUAUGCAUACCACCCAGACCAGCACUUCAUGGACGUGAGCGAGGAGGCAACUGCCCAGGCCGUGUACCAAAAGGCGUUGCUGGAUGCCUCGGCUGCUGCCCGCACGGAAGACUCCGUGCCGUUGAAGCUGGACCCAGCCCCUCAUCAGAUUUUGCACUUCCUGAAGAGCCAUCUCCGGAACGGCAGCCUGGUGUCGCUGGGUGAGGAGGCCUUCCAGCUUGCCCUCCGCUACACACCCAGGCAGCCGGAAGAGGAGGUAGAUGUGCCAUGCAAGGAGAUGCUGUCUCAGGACUUGUGGCUGAGCUUGCGAACAGAAAUGGUCGUGCCAGCAGUUUCCUUGGAUCCGUACUUUUUCACGGUGCUGGAUGCUCGACCCGAGCAGCAGAAGGAUGUUCGGGCGGAUCGGGGCCGCAGCAAAAGCAGCAUACUUGUGAUGUCGCACACACAUGUCCGAGUUCUGUCGGACACAGAAGUGCAGGUACAGUCCAGCGGGAACAGGCAAGAGUUUCUGGAGCUGGCGAGCUUCUGUAACCAAGCACGGAUGCAGGUGUUCAUGCAUUCGUGCCGGGUUUGGACUCCGAGGGCUUCCGACGUCAGCUUGCACGUGUUGACUGCAGGUGCAUGCCGGCAACCAGACCUCGUGCCCAUCCCAGAUUUCAUCCAGGAUCAUGAGCCCGCCGCAAGCUUCAGCAACCAGCUUCGGCGGAGGCAGGCCGACAUGCAGGUCGUCGAACACGAGCCGGAUCGUGUACGAAUUUCUGCUGAAGCCAUUGUCCUCUUGAAGGCCGAGGAGGAUCUGUUGCAUGAGCUUCUUCGUCACGGGGCUUUGGGAGGGCGUCAUGUUUCGGUGGAUGAUUUGUCGGAAUUCAAUGCUGCUGCUGUUCAGAGACUGCAACAACAUGGCAUUCUUUCGGGUGAACAGGGGGCCUUCGGCGACUUGACCCUGAGCAUCGCCAGCAGCCUGCAGCUGCUGCCCGAAUGCACAUGGUCCGAACCAUUGUCGGUCUGGGAAUUGAGCCACUUCUUCUUAACCCGGGGAAAGGUUGCCCUGACAUCCAAAAUAGAAUAUUUCAGGUUGCUUUUUAAACAGGGGUGGAAGCCCCGCUGCGACGACGAGAGUGAGUUCUUUGAGUGGCACUGCCGUGAUGCCACUGCGGAGUUGCCUGCUCAGGGUCUUGGCAUGUCGUUGCCAUAUCUUCGCUGCUUGCUGACUUCUGUGUUGUUGUGGCAGAAGCCGGGCAACCUCCAGCGAAUCUUGGUGAACGGGCCUUCGAAGUACUAUGAGUACCUCAUGAGCUCGGUCGACCUGUCUGCAGUGGCAAAGUUGACGGCUGAAGAAAUUAGGCAGAAGUUUGCGGGCGCCCGCAAAGCACGUGCCACGGAUGCUGUGGACAUGGCCUUGGACAACGACCCAGAGCAAGAGGACCGGUGUGAGGUACUGGCCGCUGCUGCUGCGGGUGUCGCAGCAGGUAGCGAGGUGCUUCAGUCCGAUCCGGAGCUCUUGCAGUUGAACAUGCCCAAGGAAAGCAGCAGAGCCAUCGUCGUGAAUGGCCGGAGCUGCCACGUGUAUUUUGACAAUUACACCCAUGCCUCCGGCCAGUUGCGAGCUUUUGUGCAGUGUGACAGACAUACCAACUGCAGGUUGUAUGUCUUUGUGCACAAGGUGCGUGGCAAGGGUCGUGCUGUUGCCUACCUGCAGCGUUGGUUGCAGGAGGCCUCAGCCUAUCCUGGUCUAAAUGGCGACAGGCACAAACAAUACAAACCGCCAGACACUGAUGUAGAUGCCCUCUUGUUAGCCCAGGCCGAGAUUGGCGUCGCCAAGUUCAAGCUGUCCUCGCUGCCCCGCAACAGGUUUGCGGACGAAAGUUUUGGACGGAGUGGGACCUCCAGCAACACAGAGCCGUUCCCGCCGAUCCUCGCCGCCCGCGGCGGCCCGCAGCAAGCCCGCACCGAUCCCCGCACCGAUGAUGAGACGGGCCCGGGCUCCGCAGCCGACUCCUCCGACCGCCGCUCGUGCGGCCGGAGCUUCCGCAACGUUGCCAAUGGAUGUGAGCUUCUUUACUUCCGGAGGCGGUGCAGCGGCUGCGAGAGCAACUGGAUCCAACGGGUCCGGCUUGGGCUCCCUCGCAACGGCUGCACCAGCAACUUCGUCCGCCUUGGACUCCUUCUCAACGGCUGCAACGGCAACUUCGUCGGCCGUCGGAUCCGCCGCUGGCUCUCUGGGGCAGAUUACGGCUUGAAGUGGAUUGAAGUUGGGGGUGAAACUGUGCAGUGUCUCGGGGUGCACUACUUGGUGGAGUUCGCAGAGUCGCUGCAAAGUGCUCUGGCUGUGUGCUCGGCCAGUGAGUUGGCUUUGGCUUCGCAUCGAGAUGCAUGGAUGUCUAGACCUUUGCGACGACGGGACCGGGAAGCCCAGGACUCGAGACUUGGGAAAGAUUCAGCGUCACAAAGCGGCCAGUUUUGUAAGCUGCACGUCGCCAAUGUCUUUCACUUCGCGGACCCGGAGAGGCGGUGCACCUUGCGAAAGCAAGAUGCAUUCCCCGGCAAUCAGGUCGUGCAACUCCAUCCUGUUAGCGAGGACUGCCGACAGCGUAUGAGAACCCACGGGGCUCCGCACGAAUUGUUGAGACAUCAGCGCUCGGUUCGUUCUUGGAAGGUGCCGCUUGCACUUCUCGACAGUUUGAAAGGAGGUGAACUUGUUCUUGCCGUACCUCAAGGGAUUUGUCGGAACAUGGGCUUGCGGACGUUUUCCGAAGAGCCCACUGCAGAGUCUGCUCCUUCUUCCGUGCCAUCCCUGCCUCUGCAGCCUGCAAACACUGUAGGCCCCGCUGAGGCAGGGGACACUGAAGAGGCUCCUGAUGGUGCCGGUGUAGGGGACGAUUUAGCUGAUUUUCUUUGGGAUGUGCAGGUCUCGACGAAAGGCAAGGCCAUCCGAAGGCGCCCCAUGACCGAGAUUCUGAUGGGAAAACUCUGCUAUUCCUUGAGCUCCACAGCGGCCGUGGCUGAGGUGGUGCAAACUGUGCUUCGAAUGAUGGAUGUGCUGGCUGAGAACACGAACCAAGAAGACGUGAAUCCCUCCAAGAGCCACGUGCGAACGAUUCUCGUGAAGCUGGAUUGUUUGCACAGCUUGAGCCGGAGGGUUUUCGCGAAGCCGAACCAGCCAGAUCGAAGAACGGACCAUGCGGGGGCCCCUGCGGGGGCGGGCACAGCAGCAGACAAGCAGGCAUUGCAUAGCUUCCGCGACAACCUCCUCGAAUGGCGAUGGGACAGUUUGCAUCGUGUCCUGAGCCAGUGGGCCCCUCUUCGGUUGGUGCUGCUGAGGCACUGGAGGCCAGAGGAAUUUGGCUCCGAUGUGCAGAUUGCAAAGCAGAUCACGGAGAUUCUUGAAGAUGGCAUGCAUGGUUGGAUGGUUGUGUGGGCUGGGAAGUUCGCGGAGGCGGCAACCCGGCUUGCACAUUGGAUCGAGGGUUGCUUCUGCCACGAGAAUAUAUUGGUUUCCCAGCCAGCCUCCAAACGGCGAAAGACAAUGAUGGAAGAAACUGGAUCUGGCACUUGUUGCUGGAAGGGGAAGAGGCUUCCAGAGCUGGCCUGCAGGAAGAUGACGGACCUCAUCCAGUACUUUACAAACCAGGCCCGCACAGAGUACAUCUCGGAGAUGCUCGCUGCACCGGCUGAUGUCCGAGCACGUGUUACGGCGAUAGAUGCACUCGCGACAGAGCAACUUCGCGUGGUCCUCGAGCAGAAGUUUGCAUAUGCACAGACCAUCCCUUGGGUGGCCGCCAUUUCGGAAGGCUUUCGUCAGUAUUCCCAGGCGACAACAGGUGGUGCUUUUGUGGAUGCAGUGUCCUUUCGAGCCUUUUCCGGUCAGACGUUGGGAAGCCGGCAGCUGAAAGCUUUUGCAGGCUCGGAGUUGCCCCUGCACCAUUAUGCCGAGGCGUGGACCCUGGUGCAAGAGUAUUCUUUCUGCAGCCUCGCGGAGCGAGGCACAGAGAGACAGCACUCCGAGAUUCGCAAUGCUGCGAGGAGAGGCCAGCGAUAUGCCGGCCCUGCGGUUGUUGCGAGCCGGAAGCGAGAGAAGCAGGUCGUGGCCAUGAUUGGUGAUCCCCAGCAGCUGCAGUUUCUUGUAGCACACUGGCGUGAUAGGCAGAUCUGGGAACACCUGCUUGAGCAUUGCUUGCCGAAGCAAACAGUCAGGCGAAUGACAGUUGUGCAGAGAUUGGCGAAGGUGUAUGCAUACCACCCAGACCAGCACUUCAUGGACGUGAGCGAGGAGGCAACUGCCCAGGCCGUGUACCAAAAGGCGUUGCUGGAUGCCUCGGCUGCUGCCCGCACGGAAGACUCCGUGCCGUUGAAGCUGGACCCAGCCCCUCAUCAGAUUGUGCACUUCCUGAAGAGCCAUCUCCGGAACGGCAGCCUGGUGUCGCUGGGUGAGGAGGCCUUCCAGCUUGCCCUCCGCUACACACCCAGGCAGCCGGAAGAGGAGGCAGAUGUGCCAUGCAAGGAGAUGCUGUCUCAGGACUUGUGGCUGAGCUUGCGAACAGAAAUGGUCGUGCCAGCAGUUUCCUUGGAUCCGUACUUUUUCACGGUGCUGGAUGCUCGACCCGAGCAGCAGAAGGAUGUUCGGGCGGAUCGGGGCCGCAGCAAAAGCAGCAUACUUGUGAUGUCGCACACACAUGUCCGAGUUCUGUCGGACACAGAAGUGCAGGUACAGUCCAGCGGGAACAGGCAAGAGUUUCUGGAGCUGGCGAGCUUCUGUAACCAAGCACGGAUGCAGGUGUUCAUGCAUUCGUGCCGGGUUUGGACUCCGAGGGCUUCCGACGUCAGCUUGCACGUGUUGACUGCAGGUGCAUGCCGGCAACCAGACCUCGUGCCCAUCCCAGAUUUCAUCCAGGGUCAUGAACCCGCCGCAAGCUUCAGCAACCAGCUUCGGCGGAGGCAGGCCGACAUGCAGGUCGUCGAACACGAGCCGGAUCGUGUACGAAUUUCUGCUGAAGCCAUUGUCCUCUUGAAGGCCGAGGAGGAUCUGUUGCAUGAGCUUCUUCGUCACGGGGCUUUGGGAGGGCGUCAUGUUUCGGUGGAUGAUUUGUCGGAAUUCAAUGCUGCUGCUGUUCAGAGACUGCAACAACAUGGCAUUCUUUCGGGUGAACAGGGGGCCUUCGGCGACUUGACCCUGAGCAUCGCCAGCAGCCUGCAGCUGCUGCCCGAAUGCACAUGGUCCGAACCAUUGUCGGUCUGGGAAUUGAGCCACUUCUUCUUAACCCGGGGAAAGGUUGCCCUGACAUCCAAAAUAGAAUAUUUCAGGUUGCUUUUUAAACAGGGGUGGAAGCCCCGCUGCGACGACGAGAGUGAGUUCUUUGAGUGGCACUGCCGUGAUGCCACUGCGGAGUUGCCUGCUCAGGGUCUUGGCAUGUCGUUGCCAUAUCUUCGCUGCUUGCUGACUUCUGUGUUGUUGUGGCAGAAGCCGGGCAACCUCCAGCGAAUCUUGGUGAACGGGCCUUCGAAGUACUAUGAGUACCUCAUGAGCUCGGUCGACCUGUCUGCAGUGGCAAAGUUGACGGCUGAAGAAAUUAGGCAGAAGUUUGCGGGCGCCCGCAAAGCACGUGCCACGGAUGCUGUGGACAUGGCCUUGGACAACGACCCAGAGCAAGAGGACCGGUAUGAGGUACUGGCCGCUGCUGCUGCGGGUGUCGCAGCAGGUAGCGAGGUGCCUCAGUCCGAUCCGGAGCUCUUGCAGUUGAACAUGCCCAAGGAAAGCAGCAGAGCCAUCGUCGUGAAUGGCCGGAGCUGCCACGUGUAUUUUGACAAUUACACCCAUGCCUCCGGCCAGUUGCGAGCUUUUGUGCAGUGUGACAGACAUACCAACUGCAGGUUGUAUGUCUUUGUGCACAAGGUGCGUGGCAAGGGUCGUGCUGUUGCCUACCUGCAGCGUUGGUUGCAGGAGGCCUCAGCCUAUCCUGGUCUAAAUGGCGACAGGCACAAACAAUACAAACCGCCAGACACUGAUGUAGAUGCCCUCUUGUUAGCCCAGGCCGUUGCUCAGUAG